AUGGCUAAAGAGAAAAAAACAGAAAAUACCUCUGUACCGGCUGAGCAUAUGGAUGCAGCUGAUCGGACGGUGCGAUCAGGUAUAGGCAGUGACGAUACAGCAGAGCCAGUUGCAAUGUCGACCUUUCUAAAACAAAAUCGUUUAACAAAAAAUGAGAUUUCCACCGAAUCAGUCAAAAGUCAAGCGGACGUCUUGGGCGCCUUGGCUCGAUGUUCAAUAGGAGGACAAAGAGAAACACACGCUGAAAAUGUUUUAUCUUCCGCUUCUACUGAUAAAUUGUCGAUGUCGUUGGUCAAGGACGGCGCGACCACAAACGCCUUGAAUUUUCCACUCUUUUCAGACACUGGAAGUAUUUCCGAAUCCUCCGAGGAGCCUUGGGUGCAGGAUUUGGAAGAAGUACCGUUCGGUCAUGAUGGCCACUCCGUCCAAAAGCAAGUCGCAGUGAAGGAAUACGAUGUUGAAGCAACGUUUGAAAACAACGGGAGGAACAAUUGUAUGGAAGUGAAUGCCAUUGACAUCGUUGAUGAUGAAAUCUCCACUAGCGCUAGUAGGAUGAAGAUGUCUUCAUCGAGAGUCCCCGUUUUGCGCAUCGAACGUGGUGAUAUGCGCUGGUUGGCCCACGGCUAUAAAGAAAUGUCUCCCUUAUCGAACAAAGUGUACUUUACAUCGCUGGAAGCUAUGGACCGAGUCGUUGAUAGAGAGUCUAUCUCAGGCUUUGGACUAUCUGGUGUUGCCAGCUCAAAACGUGUGAUAUCGGUGUGCAUACCUUGCUACAAUGAGGAUGCGUCUGCCCUGAAGCGAUCGUUGACGUCACUUGCAAAGCAGAACCUUCCGGCCGAUGUGACGAUGGAGAUUCUUGUUGCAAUGGAUGGUGUGGUACAAUUGUCUGACUCUAUGGCGGCAUAUCUAUCGGAGCUGUUUGGAAUCAGCUUCAUAGUUGGGCACGAGAACAAUCCUUUUGAACGUCUUCAAACACCAAACACUGUCGUAGUAGAGCCUAUAUUCGAGGACAAGAACAUGUUUGGUGCGAACCUAGCGCUCUUGAUCAAGAGAAAGAACCUCCGCAAGGUCAAUUCUCAGGAGUGGUGGCUUCGCUCACAUGCUCCAGCCUCUCUCUGUGAGUUUGCAUUUGCCACAGAUUGCGGCAUCACGUUUGAUACAAAUUGUCUACAACUGAUGUUGAAACGUUUCGAUAUCGACCCCAACAUGUCCGGCUUGACCGGUUACCAGCGAGUAAUGUCCGCUAAGAUGCAAGGUGAUGGCAGGUUUGAGAUUUUGACUGACCCUGUAGGAUGUUUCCUGCGCUUGCUACAGAGUUACGAUUUUGAGGUGAGCCAGUCCACAACAAAAUCAUUGUUGGACUCGAUUGGUUUCAUUCCAGUCCUUCCAGGUCCGUGUUCUUUCUUCCGUACAAAACACCUUCAAGGAGUACUAGACGAGUACUUCUCACUGACCACGGAGACUAUAAAGGGGGGUCGUGGAGGUAUUGUUCUUGGGAAUGUCCAACUAGCAGAAGAUCGAUUCCCUCCCGUACUUUUGACAUUUCGUUCCAAAGACAGCUGUAAAGAUGCAGGGCUUGUUCGGCCGAAAACUGGUUUCGAACACGACGCAGUCUUCUACUUUGAAGCAGAAAAACCUUUACGUCAGCUUGUGACUCAGCGACGCAGGUGGAUUAAUGGAGCAUACACGGCUGUUUACUGGGUGCUUUUGGAUUCUUGGAUUCGAAAGGCCGACCACUCCAUUUUUACCAAGCUGGGAGCAAGCUUAAUUCUCUUCAUUGAGUUUGCGCAGGGAGCAUUGGUUCGCACAUGCGUUCCGGCCACUCUGGCGUGCGGACUGAUGUAUAUGUGCACCAUUUUCCCUUCGGUGUAUGCAAACGACGCCGAAAAGGUUCGAGAUAUUUUGGACGGAGGAACUGUUGAGCCUAGCCUCGUGGGUAUCGGGGCAGCUGCUGCUUUCUUCUACCUUUCUCUUUUUGCCGUCUUCAUUUUCUCCCACACACCCCGUGCCAUCCCGGUGACAGAUGAUAAUGGAGAAGUGCACUGGAGGAGCGAUAGCUCCAGCGCAUAUCGCCCCCGCAUAUUCUUUCUUGCCUUUGUUGUCAAUGCAAUUACAAUUGCUGUUUUUGUGUAUGUUGGCGUGGGUGUGUUCAUGAUUGUUGGCUGGCAAGGUACACCAGGAUAUUUUCAAGCGCUUUGUCUACUGAUGGCGCUGCCAUAUUUGGUGGCACUUAUGGAUGGUUUGAUCAACAGUGAACGUCCAAACCUACGGGCCGUCUGGAACAUGUUGAUGCUGUUUCCUAUCUUUCUGAUCAGCUCUGUUUGGUUUUACGUCUGGCUUCCUUGUUACGCCAGUGCACGCAUUUCAGAUCUAUCUUGGGGAAAUCGGGAUUGUAGCGGCCAAUCUUGCAAAAGCAGCGAUGUUGCCAUUUACAGGGCGUACCUUGGGCGUGUUGUCAGUAUUUCUUUGGUUAUCAUCAACACGUUGCUCACGGGGUCGAUUAUUGGAGUGGGUAACUUUGUUGACGGAUUCUUGACCAUUGUUUUAUUCUCCCUUCUCGUGCUUAACAUGAUGCUUCACUUGGGCAACCUCUUGGACAUGCUGGUGAGGCUUUGCUUUACGCGUAUUCCUCGUUGGGUGUGUGGAGAGGCUCCUGUCUAUCUGAAAAAGCAAGAUAACGAAGUGAACAAGAGUGCACCCGCUUCUGAAAUUAGCAGCCACGAUGACGAAAGUGGAGACGGAUCAAUUGCGAGCGAGUCACCGACACCGAUUGGGCCCGGUCGAUGGAGAAUUGACUUUUGA